AUGACAACUAACACUAGAGAAUAUGAAAGCGUUCCACACGACGACUUGUGCAUUACAGAGGGGAAUGCAUCGACACCUGAAGAGGAAGUAGAAGAGGAAGACGAGGAAGAAGACGAUGAUGACGAUCAUAUAUAUAUCAAUGAAGAAACAGAAUCCGGCCGUGAAAAAGUCUUAGUGUCGCAUGCCCCACAAGAACGUAUUGUUCCACCUUUAAAUUUUUGUCCUGUUGAAAGAUAUCUUUACAGAUCUGGUCAGCCCUCACCUGUAAAUUUUCCCUUUUUAUUAAACUUGAAACUAAAAACAAUUAUAUGGCUCUCGAACGAAGAACCUCAAGAUACUCUCCUAGAGUUUUGCGAUACUCAUAGAAUAAAUUUGCAAUUUGCAGCUAUUAACCCGGACGCCGGUGAAGACGAUAAUCCAUGGGACGGUCUCACUGAACAUUCCAUCAUCAAUGUGCUGCAAACUAUCGUCACCCAAGAGAACUAUCCUUUGUUGGUCUGUUGUGGUAUGGGGAGACAUAGGACCGGGACGGUCAUUGGAUGUCUAAGAAGAAUAAUGGGUUGGAAUCUAGCUAGCGUUUCUGAAGAAUAUAGGCGCUUUACCGGGAGUAGAGGAGGUAGAAUUCUUGUAGAAUUGCUUAUAGAAGCUUUCGACACCAAAUUAGUGAAAAUAGACAAAGACAAAGCUCCAGGUUGGUUGUUGACAGCUCUAGAGUAA